AUGGGUAAUAAACAAGGUAAAUCCCCAAAUAAUAGCAAAGGAGGUAAAAAAUACAAAAUUGAUAAUGAUGUAGUCAAACAACUCCAAGAAUCAACAAAUUUUGACAAGGUUGAAGCUAAAAAAUUAUAUGAAGUUUUCUAUGAUCUUUCAAAUGGAGGUAAAGAACCAUUAAAUAGGGAUAGAUUCAAAGAAGGUUUAACCAAAUUAGAAUCAUGUGGUUUAAAGAAUCUUGAUAAUUCACCAUUUGGUGAUCGUUUAUUCGAUUUACUCGAUACCAAUAAAGAUAAUACUGUUGAUCUUCAAGAAUUUAUUAGUGGUUUAUCAAUUUUAUGUAAAGGUACUGCCGAAGAAAAACUCGAAUUAUCAUUUAAAGCAUAUGAUAUAGAUGGAAAUGGAUAUAUUACAAAGAGUGAAUUAUCACAAAUGUUUCAACAAGCAUGGAUUUCAGGUUUCAAAGCAUUAUCAUAUCAAACUAAUGAAGAAGUCAACAAGGAUGAUUUAAAUAAUUUUUCAGAGGAAAUGGCACAAAUCUUUGCAGAUGGUGCUUUCUCAUCUUUAGAUGUUAAUGGUGAUGGUAAAUUAUCUUUCAAUGAAUUCAAACAAUUCGCAAUGUCUCAUCCAAAAAUUACUGCCACAUUAAAUGGUUCAAAGAGAGACGUGCCAAUUACUUUUGAUUAA